AUGGCCGCUUCUUCCCUCACCCAGCUCGCCCGCGCCCUCGGCAUCGCGGCGCUCGUCGCCAAUGCCGCAGCGUACCCCAUCCCGGUCGGUGACCUGAAGGGACACAUUGAAGUCCAGGCGCAUCGCGGCGGCAUCGGGAUGAGAAACGAAGAGUCUCUCUGGGCAUUCGCCUACGCUCUGGAAAUCGGUGCUGACACGCUGGAAAUGGACACCGUCUUCACCAAGGACGGCGUCCCGGUAAUCUGGCAUGACCACUACAUCUACCCCACCAAGUGCACCGGCGACUACGUUGGCGACUUCAUCAACAACCUGACCCUGGCCCAAGUGAAGAGCCUGGACUGCCAUCUGCAGCUGGAGGAGCACCUCCAGCAGGAGACCCACCCCGGCACCAAGAUCGCCACGCUGGAAGAGGUCCUGGACCUGGUCAACUGCUACGGCGACGACAAAGUCACCAUCAACCUCGAAACCAAGCUCGACCCCACCACCCCCGAGCAGACCUGGCCCGUCGACAAGUACCUCGACCUGAUGCCCAUCCUCCAGAAGCACCGCCUGCUCGAGCGCACCACCAUCCAGAGCUUCGACUGGCGCACCCUCGUCCAGAUCCACGACCGCUACCCGUCCGUCGCCACCGUCGCCCUGCUCGACGACACCACCGUCGUCCCGGACGCCAACGGCACCUACCCCUGGCUCGGCGGGCUCGACCUGGCCGACUACGCCGGCGACUGGGUUGCCGCCGCCGCCGCCAUCGGAUCCAGCGUGCUGAGCCCCGUGCACGGCUUCCCCUCGAACCUGACGGUCAACUCGCCCGGCUACACGCCCUUCACCACCAAGGACGUCGUCGACGAGGCCCACGCGCUCGGCAUGAAGGUGAUCCCGUGGACCGCCGACCACGAGGUCACCAUCAGCAAGCUCCUCGACGACGGCGUCGAUGCCGUCAUCAGCAACUACCCCGAGCGCGUCAUGGCCGUUGCCCGCCAGAGAGGCCUGUCCGUGGGCAGACCGAGGAACCCCAGCAAGCCCGAGUGUCUUGCCAAGGCGAGCGGUUAA